AUGACCUUCCAUCGUUUCAUGGGCUUCACGGCCAUGGCCUUCUUGUGGACAGGCAGUCAGAUCCCGGUCUACCUCUUCGGCGGCAUUCCCCCAUACAUCUAUCAGGAUAUUGGCGGUGCAGAUCGAUGGAUCUGGUUUGUACUUGCAAAUCUUCUCUCCCUGGCAGGUGUCUGUCCGUUCGUCGGUUCAGUAUCAGAUCUAAUCGGUCGCCGCUACGUUGCCAUCAUCGGAGCCUCGCUCAUCUGUCUCGGGAUGAUCGUCUGCGGUACCGCACACACAAUGAAUGUUUUCAUCGGUGGGAUGGCCAUUGCAGGCGCGGGUGCUGGCGUCAAUGAGUUGACCGCGCUGGCUGCGACGUCGGAAAUGGCGCCUACCCGGAAACGCGGCCUCUAUGUCGCUGUCCUCAUCUUCACCAUCUUACCCUUCUGUGCUUCGGUUCUGUGGGCCCAGCUCAUCGCAUACUACAGCACCUGGCGCAAUGUGGCUGCGUUUGCCGGAGCGUGGAACGCAGUCGGGUUGGUGACCACUGUCCUGUUCUACACACCCCCGCCUCGAGUGAACUCGACUGGGCUGAGCAAAGCAGAGAUAAUCAAGCGGAUUGACUUUCUCGGUGGCUUCCUGAGCAUCUCCGGCAUGAUCCUUUUCAUGGCUGGUAUGCAGUGGGGAGGAUAUCAGUACUCCUGGAAGACUGCACACGUGCUAGUCCCUUUGAUUCUCGGCUUCGUCCUGCUGGUUGCCUUCGGAUUCUGGGAAGUCUACGGGACGAAAUACCCCAUUUUCCCCAGUCGCCUGAAGCAAGAGGCUCGCACCCUGGGCAUGACGCUGAUCAUCACCUUCAUCUCCGGCGCCAACUUCUUCUCCGUGAUCAUGUUCUGGCCCACAGAGUCAUUCAACGUAUACGGCCAUGCCCCGGCCGCCGUCGGCUUGCGCAGCCUGCCCAUCGGCUUUGGCAUCCUCAUCGGUGCCUGCAUUGUGCUCUGUCUACUGAGCCUGCUCAGAGGACGCAACAAGGAGUUGUUGAUUAUCAGCAGUGUCUUGAUGACCGCAGGCUGCGGAGCAAUGUCCAUCGCACGCACAGAUAACCUACAUCAGCUUUGGGGCAUCCUGAUUGUAGCCGGUCUCGGUAUCGGCGGCAUCGUUGUCCCUGCUUCCAUCAUUACCACCAUUGUCUGUCCUGAUGAUCUGAUUGCCACCAUGUCGGCCCUCACCCUCUCCAUCCGCGUGAUUGGCGGCAGCAUCGGGUACACAAUCUACUACAACAUCUUCAUUGCGAAAUUCGUCCCCAUCCUCGAAACGUCCAUCGAGUACGUCAUGGUCGCAGAGCUCAACAUCACAAACACACAGGCCAUCACCGAGGCGAUCGAGCUGACCUCCGCCUCCCUCGUUGAGGAGCUGCAAGCCAUCCCCGGGAUUGCAGGGAACCCGGCCGCGUACGAGGCCGUCCUCAAGGCCGGCCAGAUAGCCUUUGCAGAGGGUUACAAGUGGGUGUAUUAUGCUAGUAUUGGCUUUGGGUGUGUGUCGAUCAUCGCCGCGUGCUUCUUGGGAGAUAUCGAGAAAUAUAUGGACGAUCAUGUGGCUGUCGUGAUGCAUUGA